AGUAAAUGUGUUCUUAUUCAUCACUGAAGUGAUACAACAUCAUUUUAACUUCCUUUUGUUAGAGAAGAGGCUUUUCUCGACAGUGCGGCAGCGUGUGUAACGUUGUGAAAGCGUUAGUAGGGAACAUAGUGGCGCCUUUCAUUGACUUCACUAUCAGUGUGAAGCUGUUCCUCCAUAACAAUGAACUACUCUGACUAUGACUCUGAUGGAUAUUCAUCUCAUGAAGAUGAAGACUACGUCCCGUCAGAUGAUAACCUCAGUGAGGAUGACAUUAAUGAGUGUGAAAAGGAAGACCCCCUGCAUGAGGGUGAUGACGUCCCACAUCCUGACAAUGUCACCAAGAAGAAGAAGAAGAAAAAGGACAUCGGUAUGAGAAAGAGGAAGCAAGGAGUCCUGAAAGUAGACAAAGAGGAUAAAGAGGAUGGAGAGGAAGCAGAAGAUGCGCCACCACCACAAGAAGAGGUGGAAAAACCCACAAAGAAGGAUGAUGAUGAAAAACAGAAGAAAAAGUCAGAUGACCUCUGGGCCAGUUUCUUGUCUGACGUUGGAUCCAGACCCAAAGAGUCCACACCGGCUUCACAGUCCAGCACCACACAGACGGCUGAUUCUUCAGCGACAAAGGUUGCUCCUUCGAGAACAGAAACAAAAGAACCACAACCUGCUAAAGUCACCAUCACUAAAAUUUUUGACUUCGCUGGAGAAGAAGUCAGGGUGAAUAAAGAAGUAUCAGCAGACUCCAAAGAAGCCAAGAGUUUCCUGAAGCAGCAGAACACAAACCAGGAGGAGGAGAUAGAUGAAGAUGAUGUGCCAUUUCCCAGCCAAAGAGCUCUUCCUGGUCCCAGUGCCAAGCGGCCGGUGGGCAUGUCCUCCAUCCUGAACCGUAUCGGAGGGAAGAAACAGAAGAUGAGCACGCUGGAGAAGUCAAAGAUGGACUGGGACGCUUUUAAAUCAGAAGAGGGCAUCUCCGAGGAGCUGGCUAUCCACAACAGAGGCAAAGAGGGGUAUGUGGAGCGGAAGAACUUCUUGGAACGCGUCGACCACCGACAGUUCGAAUUAGAAAAAGCAGUGCGACUGAGCAACAUGAAACAAUGACACGGACCGACAACACACACACACACACACACACACACACACACACACACACACACAUACAUACAGAGACCGGAACAGAUGUUUAGACGUGUAUCUUGCUUUCGCUCUCUCUCUCUAAUGACAGAGUUGGUAUUCCCUGUGAGCAGUGACUGGAGCAGUGGCUGGAGGUCUAUUUCAGGACGGAGAUAUUAAUAGUCACAGUUGGUGUAACGGAGGCUUGUUGAGUGUACCACUUCGUCUUCCUGAGCCUCCAUCUUUGUGACAACCAAUUAGAGUCUCCAACCUUCAUGUUUUUGGGAAGUGAGGUCAUUUUUGCCAGUGGUGCUACCUCUGGGGGUGGUUGAUUUAGGACUAUUUUGGUUUUAGGAGGUACAGGAUCUAAUUUAUUUCAACGUGACUCUCGUUUUCAUCCUUUUUGUUGGUCAUUCCUAUCAGUGUUAAUAAGUGUGUGCUCAUCGCUGACGUCUGGAAACACAAGAGACAUUGGUGAAUAGUCAAAUGAUCACAGACAUGCUUCCCUCUCAAUAUUUACUGUAUUUACUGUAGUUGUGUGCAUGCAGUUUUUCUGUCAAAUAAAGGUGCAAAGUGGGAAAAAACUGCCCCCCAACCCCCCCCUCACCAUUCUGUAUCUCUUUUUCAAAAUUCUCAAUAAAUGAUGA